CGCGCGCCGCCGAGCCGGCCCCGAACGUGCACGCGAGAGCGAAACGGCGCUCCAUGGAGAUGUACGCGAGCGAGCGAGACGGCAACAGCGGGCUGGUCGACAACAAGGUGUACAUAAUAGUGUCGCGGUCCUGCGAACACCCAGACGUGCCACAGACUAAGCACGCGAUCAGAGUGAUGGAGUAUUGGAGCCAUAUGGUGGUGAAGACUGUGCAGGGAUCUGAGAAGGGACAGACGGACAGCAAAAAAGACACUGGCCGUACCAAAGGGAGAUUAAAGAAGGUCCACCCUCGUCGACCACAGCCGGGCAUGGAGUUCGUGCUGACGUACUACGACGAGCCGGCGGUGGGCGGGAUGCCGGGCGGGGUGGCCGCGUGGGCGAGCGGCCGCGCCGCGCCCGCCUACCUGGCGAGGAUGCGACGCGCCGCGCGCGACUACUGCCAGUGGGCGGCCGGCGCGCCGCGCGAUCGCCAGGAAAUGCCCGACUUCACACCCUUCGACCCGGGCCGAGUCGACGAGCGAAUCGAGGAUGUGGACGAACAGAUCAGCGAACAGGAUAUGGAGUCGUCGAAAGACGGGCCCGAAAUGGAGACCAGCGAACGGACGAAAGACCAAAGCACCCAAACCGAUGACCUCCAGUUCGCGACGGUGGAUGUAAAAGAAGAUGAGAAGGAAGAGAAGAGAGGAGAAAAGAUUGAAGCCGCAACGGAUCGAACUGAGAACGAAGAUAACAAUACCACAGAACGAAUGGAGCCCAAAGCUGAGAGAAAUUAUGUAGAAGUUAAGAGUAAAGAGAAAAGUGUAGAAGCUGUAGAAAAUAAGAGAUACGAAGAGAAGAACGGAGUUCAAGCGGAGACGGUAACGAACAAUUGUACAGAAACGAAGGAAACCGCUUCUUGUGAGGGAGACGAAAACAAUGGGACUUGGUGGAGAUAUUUGUAUCCGUUUUAUUACUUUGUA